UUAAAACUUUUUUGAAAGACUUUUGAAAAUGGCGAUGACAUGAUAGUUAUAUGGGACUCGAGUGUAUUCAUAAGAAGUGAACUUUUUUUUGGUUCAAACGACAAAAUCAAAUCAUUGUUCAAAUCGUUCCUGUGGAUGGGAAAAAUCCAUUUUUUUUUAAAUGAAAAAAACAUUUGUUAAUGUGACGAGUUGAAAGCAUGAGACCGUUUGCGCAAUCGGCUCUAAAGCCUCUAGCCCGUCUAAUAUUAGUACGAUAACCUUCUGCUGCCAGCUCGUCCUUGGUGCUCGUCUAUUUAUUUGUUCAUUUUCUCUGUUCUUUUCUCAUGUUUCUUUAUAAGUCGGUCGGCGCCCUUUUUAACAGACACGCUCAUACAAUGCCGACAUACAAGAGCGUCACUCAUGUUAUAUUCGAUCUCGACGGCCUCAUACUAGACAGUGAAGUCCUGUACAAAAGCACGAUCGGGGCGGUGAUUGCCUCCUUCGGCAAGGAGUACACUCCGGAUCUUCGGCUAGCAGUCCUGGGCACCAAGGAGCAGGACACUUCAAAGUUGAUAGUCGAAAAGCUCAAAUUGCCCGUCACACCGGAAGAAUUCGGAAAACUGGCGAAAACGGAACAAUUUAAAGUUAUGAAUAACAUUCCAUUGAAACCGGGUGCUGAGAAAUUAAUUAAUCAUUUACAUAGCAAGAAAAUCCCUAUAGCAGUUGCGACAAGUAGUGGAGAACAGAGUUUUAACUUGAAAACUGCUAUCCAUAAAAACCUUUUUUAUAAAUUCAGCCAUGUGGUGAAAGGCAGUUCCGACCCCGAAGUGGUUAAUGGGAAACCUGCUCCUGAUAUAUUUUUAAUCGCAGCGAGGCGAUUUCCAGACAAACCAAACCCGUCUAAUUGUUUGGUAUUUGAAGAUGCUCCAAAUGGAGUGGCGGGGGCGACUGCUGCAGGCAUGCAAUGUGUGAUGGUCCCGGAAGAUUACAUUCCUAAGGAACUAACAACCAAAGCGACUCUAGUCAUUAAGUCUCUCUUAGAAUUUUUACCUGAACAGUUUGGACUGCCACCGUAUUAAGUACCGUUAGUACGUUUUUAUGUUUUGUUUAAUACAUUUUAGUAGAUGUUUCUUAACUGGUUUUUUGUUAUUUAUUUUUUUAGAACAUUUUAUUGCCUUUGUUGGUAAUUUUUAGUUUUUUUUUUUUACAAUAUUUAUUAUUUUGUAAAGAGCUGUUUUUCCUGGGGCUCCUGUUUAAUCCUUUUAAUUAAGUAUCUGGAUCCGUGAUAUCUAGUCAGCAAAUUAAAAUUUGUUGAUUUAUUUAACAUUUUAGAUUUAAAUACAUUUAACAAAAAUUAAUCUUGUUAAGAGUUAAAAAACCAAAAAAACUUAAACAUUUUAGUGGAAGAAUCUUGAUGAUUUACUUUUGUACAAUUCUUUCAAAUCAAUUCAAAUAGUUUUUUUCAAUGAAGACUGUUGAGUCAUCAGUGUUAUUGUUUUAUUUUAACUGAAGAGCUCACUGGCAAACGAUUAUUUAUGCUUAUAAUCUACAAACUUGACCAGACUAUUCAAUCAAAGAAAAUUAUGUCGAGAUUUUAUUAUUCAAAUCUCCAAAGAGACUGAAAGUGAACAACAAAGUAUAUCAAACAGUAAAAAUGUCACAUAAUAUUUUAUUUUGCACAGAGCAAUGAGACUUAAUUUAUUGAUAAUUAAGAGACAAAAUAAUUUUUGUAACGAUAAAUUUUAACUAGCCUCACACAGUGAAUUAUUCAAAUUGAAUUAUUGGCAUUUAUUUAAAUCUAUUGGUUUUAUUUUGUAAAGAUGAAGUUAUAUAUAAUUAUAUAACAAAAGUUUUAGUUGUGUAAAAACAAGUUUAUGUUGUGUAAAACUGUAAUUCCUUUGUGAAGCCUUGUUGGUUGGUAUGUGAGGAAAACAUUUCUUUUUAAUUUAUCUGAUAGUUUUUUUCCUGAUAACUAUUAUGUAAUUUGAUCUUACAGUAAUAACAUUCCUACUAUACUGCCUACUUUUGUAGCAUUGUGAAUUUAUUGUAUCAGAAAUAGAACAGAGGGCCCCUCUAUAUAUAUGUAAUUAUUUUCUCCUUGAAAGAAACCUUCACUAAGUGGCAAGUCAAUUUUUUAUAGAUAGUUAUUUAUAAAAAUGCUUUUUUCAUAAUUGUUAAAGACUGUUCUAUAUCAAAAUGAAAAACUCUGAAACGUUAUCAAUUAUUCAAUAGUGACUACAUAUUUUAAAUGUGAUCAUGACUCUUAAAGAGUGAUUGUUGUAGGAAGUUUAGGGAGAUUAUCAAUCAAACAUUUGCCUGAUCUCACAUAUGCUUUAUUUCUUAGGCUGUCUUUUUCUUUAACAUGUUGACUGUUCUGGUUGCUCAUGGCAGAACCCAAUUUAUCGUGUAAAAUAACUCUCUGUUUUAAAAAUAAUGUAAUCAUUUUCAAUCAAUCUAAGUGAUAUAAUUUACACGGUGAAACAGUUAAGUAAUUGAAAUACACAUUCUGUAGAACGUUUGUUUAAUUUGGGUGUACGUGAAUAAAAGUCAUUUCUACUUUCUGCAAUAAUUUCUCCUUUAUUGUAUGUAAAUGGGUAAAUUAAAAUCUCAAAACACAUACACAGAAAAGCAAAUUACGUGGUUUUCACAGAAAAAUUACAAAAAUCACUUCCAGUUGAAAAAAAUUGAAAUGCCAGUGACACUUUUUUCCUUUUUGAGGUGGCCUAGGAAAUUCAAAAGGAAUUGUGUUAGCGGGUGAAGUGGAGGGAGAGUUUAAAAAGUAUAUACGGAAGGACACAGACUGUGACUGCUUCCAAAAGGAAAGUUGGCAUGACACAUGUGUUGCAUCUUACGCAGUCAAUGUGUUAAGGCAUAUAUAUUUAUUUAUGUUUUGGUUUAAAAAAACCAGGCAUUUUUUGUGAACUUUUGGCUUGGUUUAUCCAUGGAGAGCCUGUAGUAGUGAAUAUAAUUCACUCUAAAACAUCUAAAAGUCCAAUCACAAUUUUAAUUCACAUUGAAUUAUAGGACUUUGCUUAAUCAUUUAGUGUAAUUUGUCAUGAGGACUUAAAUUGAUUUUCUUCACUUAUAUUUUACUGUACCAAAUGUAAUGCUGUUUUAUGUUGUUUCAAUGUUAGUAUAAUUAUUCGUACAUCUACAGCUUUUGUUUGGUGGUAGAGCCAGGUCACUUAUUGUCUGAUAAUUAAAUUAAAACUAGAUACUACUUAAAUUCUUUCAGAGGAUACUGAUGCAGAAGUCUCACAAAGAUUCCGAUUAAUAGUAAUUUUGAACAAUCACUGAUUUUUACAUGAUGUAAUAUCUUAUUUUUGUAGAAAAAUAAUAUAAUGAAAAGUUGUAUAUUUUUUAAUCUAAAAUAUAAAUAUAAGGUAGGGUUAUUAUUUUUCAAGCAUAGAUUCAAAUAUCUUGUAUAGUAGCUUAAAAUCAGUGCACUCUUGUAUCAACACUAACAAAAUUAGUAAAUUGGAGCUGGUUUAGUUAGUUUCUGCAGUAAAUUACUUUUAGUUUGCAUCGUGCAUGUUAGAAAUUGAAGGCGUUUAUUUGUAAUACAAUUUUGUUUUGGGACUGAUGUAUUUAGACUUAUUUAAUUUGUAACAUUGUUGGAUUUAACACAUGUGAUAACUGAAUGUUAGGACAAUUAUCUUUAGUUUUUCUGUAUAAUGAUAAUAAGUGAUGUAGAUGUAAAAUGCACUUGGAUUAGUUAAAUACUUUUGAACAGAUAAUAAGUUCUUUUCAGCUUCUGGAAAAAAAUUGGGGCUGACUUAAAAAAUAUAUUAUUGUUGACAAA